AUGCGCGAGAGACAACCCGUUGGUUCUAAAGGUGGCACAGUCUGGUAUGAGAAUCGUGAAGCUCUUGGACCUGGAAAGGGCGCGGAUGAGUCAGACAAGAGGGCGAGGAAAGAAGCCACUAUCUAUGAGGCUCUUGGUCAACACGAUCGUAUCCUCCCAUACUUUGGCCUCGAAACAUUCUCCGUCGGUCACAAAGGAACAAAGCCCAUGGCCUGGGCAAUUCGCCUAGGGCGUGCUCUAAAUGGUGUCCUCAGAGAUCAUAUCGUCAAAACUGCAACAAGCCCACCCGCAGAGCAAACACGACUCAAGCUAGCAGUCCAAUUUGCUCAAGGCGUUGCGCACAUCCACAGCUGCAAUGUUAUAUGGGGUGACUUGUCCACACGGAACGCGCUCCUCUUCGACGACGUGUGUUUAAAACUCUGUGAUUUCGCGGAUUCAGAUCUAAUGGACAACUAUCCCGGUGACUGGUACGGAUGUGAGGAUAGAUACUGUCCACCUGGCUCGGAGCGGCCUCAAUUUCACGAUAUCGGGACUAUGAAUCGUGAGAUAUUCGCUCUUGGCACUGCCAUUUACGAGAUUAUUGAAUGGAAGGUGCUGUAUGGUCCAGAAACUGCGGAGGAUGAGGUUCUUGAUGCGCUUGUAGACGGCAUAUGGCCUCAAAUCAGUAGCGACAAUUCUGUUGAAGGUAUCAUCCGCCGGUGCUGGGAAUACAAAUACGAAUCGUCGCAACAAGUUGUCAAUGAUUUGCAGAGUCCAUUAAGUCUGAGAUUUAAAACCGAGAUUACUUGA